CCCAAGGCAAAUAUAUGGCUGAUAAGACCUUAAAAGAAUGUGGGUGUUUCUUCGACUAUUCCUAACUCUGAUCGUGCUGGGAACUUGCUCCUUCCUUUAUUUCUUGCUCUGCCCUCGCUUCUGCGUAUCCCUGUGUUGGCUCAGCUGCCAGCAUCCCGAAGGGCAAGAAGGACAUUUGCCAGCGGUGUCUGGAGCCGUCGAGUUCGGGGGCUACAUCAGUGUUCCUGAUGGCAAGCCAUUGGUCCGAACCCCGUGCCGCCAGUGCGCUGUGGUGUCCAGCUCCGGGCAGAUGUCAGGUUCGCGUUCGGGGAAGGAGAUUGACGACAAAGAGUGUGUCCUGCGUAUGAACCAGGCCCCCACGCAAGGCUAUGAGGACGACGUCGGGGCCCGGAGCACCCUCCGGGUGGUUUCCCACACCAGCAUUCCCUUGCUGCUGAGGAACCAGUCCUACUUCUUCAAACAGGCCCGGGACACCGUCUACGUCAUUUGGGGCCCCCCGAAGCUGAUGAGCAGGGAGAAGGUGGGCCUGGCUUACAGGACGCUCCUCAAGGUGAAGGAGAUGUACCCCAGCCUAAAGCUCUACACGCUGACCGAGAGGAUGAUGGCUCACUGUGACGACCUCUUCCAGGUCGAGACGGGGAAAGACAGGAUGAAAUCUGGUUCCUUCUUGAGCACAGGCUGGUUCACCAUGGUCUUGGCGAUGGAGAUGUGCGAGCAAAUCUUUGUCUUUGGCAUGGUCAACGAGAGCUACUGCAGAGACAAGAGCCAGCCUCCUGUGCCUUACCAUUACUUUGAGAAGGGCAGGCUGGACGAAUGCAGGAUGUACCUGGCGCACGAAAGAGCUGCACGCGGAGGGCACCGCUUCAUCACAGAGAAGGCCGUCUUUUCUCGCUGGGCCAAGAAAAGGAACAUUGUCUUCGCUCACCCUUCGUGGCCAGGUGGCUAGG